UCGGGCAGCCUCUCAUUCACCGCUUCGCUUCCCUCCCUGUCCUUAAAACAAUGAAUCCCGAAGGCUUGAGGGAAGAUCUCCGCCUGUUUCAGAGCACACUGCUGCAGGACGGACUCAAGGAGCUCCUGAAUGAGAAUAAGCUGAUUGACUGCAUCUUGAAGGUGGGGGACAGAAGCAUCCCCUGCCACCGGCUCAUCAUGGCGGCGUGUAGCCCUUAUUUCCGGGAGCUGUUCUUCUCAGAAGAGGGCAAAGAAGUGGAAAGAAAGGAAGUCGUCCUGGAGAACCUCGAUCCCAACGUCAUGGAUGUGAUCGUCAACUACAUGUACUCGGCGGAGAUCGACAUCAACGAGAAGAACGUGCAGGAUAUUCUGACCGUCGCCAAUCGCUUCCAGAUCCCCUCCGUGUUCACGGUGUGUGUGAAUUAUCUCCAGAAGAUGGUCUCCAGGAAGAACUGUCUCUCCAUCUACAGGCUGGGGCUGAUGUUGAACUGCGCCAGGUUGGCAAUGGCAGCCCGAGACUACAUCGCCGAUCGCUUUGAGACGGUAGCCAAUGACGAGGACUUCCUAAAGCUUGCCCCGCAUGAACUGUUCGCCAUCAUCGGAGCAGACGCUUUAAAUGUGGAGAAGGAAGAGGUCGUGUUUGAGACUCUCAUGAAAUGGGUCAAAAAAGACAAAGACAAGCAUGGGAAAUCCCUGCAGGAGGCCUUCGACUGCAUCCGGUUCCGCCUGAUGCCAGAGAAGUACUUCAAGGAAAAAGUGGAGAAAGAGGAAAUUAUUAAAGCUGAUCCUGAGCUUCUCAAAAAAAUCAAAGUCAUCAAAGAUGCGUUUGCGGGGAAGCUUCCGGAGAAGAAGAAGGGCGGCGACGGCGAGGGAGAAGAAGCCAAGCUGCCUGGGUACCUGAACGACACCCGCAGGCUCGGCAUGUACGCCAAAGACAUGAUUCUGAUGAUCACUGACAACGCCGCCGUGGCGUACGACGCUCAGGAGAACGAAUGCUUUCUGGCCGCGAUGUGUGAGCAAAUCCCCAAAAACCACGUGAGUCUGACGUCCAGGAAAAACAACCUGUACGUGCUGGGAGGACUGUUCAUGGACGAGGAGGACAAGGAGGCGCCCCUGCAGUGUUACUUCUACCAGCUGGACAGUCUGUCCGCUGAAUGGAUGGCUCUGCCCCCGAUGCCCUCCCCCAGGUGUCUCUUCGCAAUGGGGGAGUUUGAAAAUCUUCUGUUUGCCGUGGCAGGAAAAGAUUUACAGACCAACGAGUCUCACGACACGGUCAUGUGCUACGACACAGAGAAAAUGAAGUGGACGGACACAAAAAAGCUGCCACUGAAACUCCACGGCCAUUGUGUGGUCUCUGAGAACGGCCUGGUGUACUGCAUCGGAGGGAAGACAGAUGAGAAUAAAUCAACCAAUAAGAUGUUCGCCUACAACCACAAGAGGUCAGAGUGGAAGGAGGUGGCGUCCAUGAAGACCCCCAGAUCAAUGUUCGGGGCCGUGGUCCACAAAGGGAAGAUCAUUGUUGCGGAGGGAGUCAGUGAGGACGGCCUGACAGCCGCGUGCGAAGCCUACGACUUCGGAACCAACAAGUGGUCGCCAUUCACAGAGUUUCCUCAGGAGAGGAGUUCAGUCAACCUGGUGAGCUGUGGGGGGCAGCUGUACGCCGUCGGCGGCUUCGCCAUGGUGGAAGACGAAAACAAAGAGUGUGCGCCCAGCGAAGUCAUCGACAUCUGGCAGUACGAAGAUGACAAGAAACAGUGGACGGGAAUGAUCAGGGAGAUGCGUUAUGCAGCCGGAGCUUCCUGUGUCUCCAUGAGUCUGAACGCCGGCAAAAUGCCCAGAUUGUAACUCCGAGAGCCCAGCCGGGGCCGAUGGGUAGAAGAUCAUUUUUUACGUGUUUAUCAUUUUAAAGGUCUCCUCUAACCUCUUUGUAAAUGCUUUAGUUUAAUUGUUUCACACUUCCCUCGUGUUGUUCACCCUCGUGUUCUGUCACGGCUGCUUUUGAAUUUUACCUCACUAUGCUCAGUUUUGUAAUAAUAAAUUAAGACUCGUGUCUA